AUGCCAUCGUCCGAGGUCAACAACGCGGCGCAGGCCGCCGCUCCGAAGGGAAACGACGGUAUUGACGCAGAACCCACGACCAUGAACGAGUUCAUUCCUCUCCUUUACAAACUACUCGCGAAGACCACCGACAAUCAGGAUACGCCCGACGAUUCAAGCGCCGACGGCGAGGACUCCUCAGAAGAAGCAGCGGAUAUUCCAGGCUCCAAGCUCUCGAUCAAGGCCCUCGUCGAACGGCCGGACAAGGAGAGCGGGGAGCUCGAAAUCAUCGAGAAGGACAAGUACUUCAAGCCGCAGAACGACAAGAAAUUCUUCGACCACGCUCUGGUCACCAAGCAAACCUUCGACGCCAACAGGAAACUCGAAAAGACGACGGUCGAGAUCAACUCGCCCCACAUCCGCGCCGCGCUCAAGGACGUCGUCACCUACUACCCUUCCGAGUCUUUGAAGUUUGGCGAAGCCGAUGCAGUCACCUACGAGAAGCCUUAUGCCCUGCUGCACCACCACAGAGAUGAGCUCACUCAGUAUGCCGCAAAGGCGGUCGAGUCCGGCAACACUGACGCUGACGCCAUCUCCGGGCACGUGGACCUUUUGCUGAGCUUCCUCGACACGGAAAUGGGCGAAGACGGCCCGGCCCUUCGUCAAUUGACCGAAUCGGGGCUGAUCACAUUCAAUCUUCUGUGGGCCAUCUUCAAGCCUGGCGACAUCCUGUUCGCCUCGGAAUGCGGCCAUCCUCGUCUGUAUCGUUGCCGGAAGGCUGCAUACGGACAUGAAAUGCGUAAUGGAAGGUUCUUCGAAGUCACUUGCGAGUUCACCAACUGCGACGGCACGAGGGCCGGCACCUCUACCGUCAGCAUCAGGAUCUGGCAGGGCGAAGUUUUCGUCGGCACCGGAACCACCUCGAUCGACCACCUCCCCCUGUUUCCCCUCAAGUUCAUGGAUGAACAGGAAGAAAUCAAAGAGAAGCUCAUCGAACGAGGCAACAGGUACCUCGCCAUCCGCGGCGUCACGACCUGGGACUACGAAGGGCUCUUCCUCUACCUGAAGAAGCCCCCGUACGACUACUACAACGAGUGCGCGUCCUUCGACGGCAUCUGGCUGCCCCGCUCCGCCUCCCACCGCGUCGUCGUCGACCCAAAAACCUUCAUCGAAGAAGCCACCAAGCAGGCUCAAGACGUCUACGACGACGAUUCCGACUGCGAAGACGGCGCCUGCGCCCGCGGCAAGCCCAGCUCCAAGCCCUCCGCCUUCUUCAACGCAUCCGCCGACCCGCUCCUCUGCCCGCCAUACGUCUUCGGCUUCUCUCUCGAGACAAAGGAAUGGUGCAAGCUCUUCAUCGACUGCCUCGCCGCCGUCGAGUGGAUCCCGCGCGCCAUGGACAACCUCAUCAUCCCCGCGGCCCAGCGCCACCUCAUCCAGGCCCUCGUCACCGCGCACCGCUUCCCGGACAACGCGCGCAACGAGGCCAGCCUCAAGGGCAAGGGCCUCAUCGCGCUGCUGCACGGCACCCCCGGCAGCGGCAAGACGCUGACCGCCGAGCUCGUCGCCGAGCACACGCGGCGGCCGUUGCUGAAGGUGUCGACGGGCGAGCUGGGCAGCUACGGCAGCCGCAUCGCGGCCGAGCUGCAGUGCUUGCUGACGUACGCGUCCAUCUGGCACGCCAUCGUGCUGAUCGACGAGGCGGACGUGUUCCUCGAGGCGCGCAGCAGCGGGCCCGACCAGUUCGAGCACAACAACCUCGUGGCGAUUUUCCUCAAGCAGCUCGAGUACUUCCAGGGCAUCCUGUUCCUGACGUCGAACCGCGUGAGCAUCUUCGAUCCGGCCAUCAGGUCGAGGCUGCACCUCGCGCUGCAGUACCACGCGCCUGAUGCGGAGCGCAGGAAGCAGAUCUGGCGGCAGCAGCUGGAGCGCGUGGCGGCGGGUGAUAAGGAUUUGGAUGUUGAGAAGUGCAUCGAGCAGACGCAUCGGGCGGAGAUGAAUGGGCGUGAGAUUUCGAAUGCGGUGAACACGGCGCUUACGCUGGCGAAGAGUGGGGAUGGGAAGUUGGGGCUUGAGCACCUGGAGAUUGUGCUCAAUGUCUGGGAUGAGUUUGAGUCUACUUUGAGGAAUAUUGAGCGCAGCUCGUAG